UCGAUGCCAUCCGCGGGCGGAUUAGGCGGGUCUGGAAACAUGGCCUCCUCGGAGCAGGCUGAGCAACCUGGGCAGAUCAGCUCUUCUGGAACUGAGAAUGGAGCACCCCGCGACGCCCUGAUUGCCACAGCAGUGAAGUUUUUACAAAACUCUCGAGUUCGCCAAAGCCCACUUGCAAAUAGAAGAACAUUUCUGAAGAAGAAAGGACUGACGGAUGAAGAAAUAGAUCUGGCGUUCCAGCAGUCGGGCACUGCGAAAGAAGAUCCACAGCCCCAUAACCUGUCCCCACAGUUGGUGCCAACUCAGUCCACACAGCUCGCAUCAUAUAGUCCCCCGAGCUCCAGAUGGAGAGAUUAUGGCGCCCUAGCAAUUAUUAUGACUGGCAUUGCAAUCGGUUUCCACCAGCUCUACAAGAAAUAUCUGCUUCCCCUGAUCAUGGGAGGUAAGGAAGACAGGAAACAGUUGCAGAGAAUUGAGUCAAACAUCUCCGAAAUGAGUGGCAGCGUGACGCAGACAGUGACUCAGCUUCAGACCACUUUAGCCUCUGUCCAGGAACUGUUAAUUCAACAACAGCAGAAAAUUCAGGAGUUAACCCAGGAACUGGCUACCUCCAAGGCCACAACGUCGACCAACUGGAUUUUGGAGUCUCAGAGUAUCAGUGAGCUGAAGUCAGAGAUCUAUUCGUUAAAAGGGCUCCUUCUGAGCAGGAGGCAGUUCCCUCCCUCGCCAUCAGCCCCCAAAAUCCUGUCCUGGCAGAUCCCGGUCAAGCCCUCUUCCCCCUCCAAUCCGGUGACCAACAACCACAAUACCAGCAGCGACAUCUCUCCAGUCAGCAACGAAUCCAACUCCCCGUCGCCCGUCAAGGAAAGCCACAGCCCCGAGGGGCCCAAGGCCGGCAGCCACCUCCUGGGCCCCGAGGAAGAGGGGGAGGCGGUGAUUGACCUGAAGGGGCAGGUGCGGAUGGAGGUGCAGGGGGGAGAGGAGAAGCGGGAGGGGCAGGCCGAUGUGGAGGAGGAGGAGGAGGAGGAGGAGGAGGAAGACGACAACCACGCGGACGAAGAGGACGUCCAGACGGAGGAUCGGCGAGGAGGCGACGGGCAGAUAAACGAACAGGUGGAGAAGCUGCGGAGGCCCGAGGGGGCGAGCAACGAGAAUGAAAUUGACUAGCACGGGCGGCUCCCGGCUCCUGGCCCACCUUGAUCCGCGCCGAGGCUCAGAUCGUCCCCUUGCCUCACUUCUGUGGUCCACCCCGAGUAGCGUUGCGAUCGCACCCGCCAAGCAGGUGACGGGCCCACCCCUCCCUCCCCCCACCGCGGCCCCUCUUUUCACACCCCCCACCGCCCAGCCGGACUCAGCCCCCGUAGGGCUUGCCCCCCGGCCCAGUAAAGCCUCCUCUCACUAAUGGUCUGCAGCCAGACAUCAAUCUGCGGACCCACCGGGUCCUCUCGUCCGUCCCCCCCCCACCAGCAGUAAAUUCGCAUUCCCCAAAUGGACGCCUGCCCCUCCAGCUGUCUAGGAAGUGCAGGCAUUUCUCUUGGGGUUGGGGAACUCCCAUCUCCACCCUGUCCUUCCUCUCUGAAGGCCUCUGGCCUUCACCCUCAGCCCUCUUUAUUUAUUACGAUUCAGUCCGGGGAGCAAAAGGAUGCCCGCUUCCCCCGUUUGCUUCCUUCUGGAAAAGGCGAUGAGCUGCUGGUGCCUGAGGGCCAGUUUGGGGAUACCGGCCUCACGGCAGCAGCAUCCUCCCCGCCGCCGGCUGUUUGCCCUCUUCCCUGUGCCCCUUCCUCCCCGUUCCUGCUCCUCCGCAAUCAGAAGGCCUGCCCCUUCCUUGACCAGGCAAGGCCUGAAACCCUCCGGAGGGCAGCCUUGCUGACCUGGGGGGCCCCCCGCUUGACCCCGCUUCCACCCUGCGGGAGCGCUGUGCCCGCUGGGGCUUCAGAUCCUCCGUGGCCCAUCCACAAAGCGGAGCCAGUUCAGGCCCGCCGUCUUGCCAGCCAAAGCCCCGUUAAUGGGGGCCUGGCUGUGGGGCCACCUGGAGGCGUGUGCUCCCCCCUCCUCCCUGCCCCCCCCCAUGUUUGCCUUAUUGGGUGGAGAGAAGAAACCGGGUUUUAGAAACCUCGUUUUGCGGCGCUGUGUCCUCGGGUGUUUCCCUUCGCUUCAUUAAAAGACCCUCCAAAGCAGCAACAUCUCGAGCCUCUUAUUGCUCCCGUCCUCACCGAGAGGAAACUACGAAAUGUGCUCAUCUGUGUGAUCAUGUAUAGAAGUCAAGUAUAAAAUACGACUGUACAUAAUUGUAAUAAAUACGAGUUACCACUGUUUCACGCUGGGCGGUGGCUCGUCCA